GCCGUUCCCGCCGCCGCCCCCCCCCACCCCCGCGCGCCCUCCGCGGCCGCUGAUUGGUCCCGCGCGCCGCCGCCGCGGCCGCUGAUUGGUCCCCGCGGGCUGAGGGGCGGGGCUUGAAGGCCGAGGGGCGGGGCCAGCGGCGGAGGGGGCGGGGCCAGCGCCAUGCCGAAGCGCGGGAAGAAGAAGGAGGAGAGCGGCAGCGGGGACGAGGCCGGCCCCGCCCCCGCCAAGGCGCCGCGGGCGUCGCCGGCCCCACCCUACGAGGACCCGCCCACGCGCGAGGCCACGCCCGAGGGGCGGCGCUGGACGCUCAAGGUGAGCUCCUGGAACGUGGACGGGCUGCGGGCGUGGCUGCGCAAGGGCGGGGCCCAGUGGGUGCAGGAGGAGGCCCCGGACGUGCUGUGCCUGCAGGAGACCAAGUGCGCGGUGUCGGCCGUGCCCGCCGAGAUCCGGGCGCUGCCGGGGCUGCCGCACCAGUUCUGGUCCAGCGCCAAGGACCGGCCGGGCUACAGCGGCGUGGGGCUGCUGGCCAGGAGCGAGCCGCUCAACGUCACCUACGGCAUCGGCGACCCCGAGCACGACGUCGAUGGCCGCGUGGUGACGGCCGAGUUCCCCUCGCUCUUCGUGGUCUCGGCCUACGUGCCCAACGCCGGCCGCGGGCUGGUGCGCCUGGAGCCGCGCCUGCGCUUCGACGCCGCCUUCCUGGCCUUCCUGCGCCGCCUGGACGCCCGCAAGCCCGUGCUGCUCUGCGGCGACCUCAACGUGGCGCACGCCGAGAUCGACCUGUGCCACCCCCGCGCCAACCGCGCCAGCGCCGGCUUCACGCCGCAGGAGCGCGAGGGCUUCUCGCGCCUGCUGGCCGCCGGCUUCGUCGACUCCUUCCGCCACCUGUACCCGGAGGCGCGCGGCGCCUUCACCUUCUGGACCUACCUGGGCGGGGCGCGGGCCCGCAACGUGGGCUGGCGGCUCGACUACGCCGUGCUGUCGCGGCGGCUGCUGGGCGCGCUGUGCGACUGCAAGAUCCGCAGCACCGUGCCGGGCAGCGACCACUGCCCCAUCACCGCCCUGCUCGCCGUCUAGGGCGGGAACUGGGCCGGGGCCGCUCGGGGUUGGAGCCCGGUGGCGUUUACUGGACGUGUUUUGGUGAGGUUCGGCCCAAAAUUGGCUUGGAAUUGGCUCAAAUCGCUCAAAGUUGGAGCUCAGUGGCGUUGUUUGUUUUUAACUGGAUGUCUUUUGGUGAAGUUUGGCCCAAAAUUGGCUUGAAUUCUCUCAAAAUCGCUCGAAGUUGGAGCUCAAGGGCGUUGUCUGUUUUUAACUGGACGUGGUUUUGGUGAAAUUUGGCCCAAAAUUGGCUUGAAUCCGCUCAAAAUCGCUCAAAGUUGGAGCUCAAGGGCGUUGUCUGUUUUUAAUUGGACGUGUUUUGGUGAAAUUUGGCCCAAAAUUGGCUCGGAAUUGGCUCAAAUCGCUCAAAGUUGGAGCUCAGUGGCAUUGUCUGUUUUUAACUGGAUGUGGUUUUGGUGAAAUUUGGCCCAAAAUUGGCUUGAAUUCGUUCAAAAUCGGAGUUCGAUGGUGUCCAAUUUUAAUUGGACGUGUUUUGGCUCAAAUUGGCUCAAUUUAGCCCAAAAUUGGCUUGGAAUUGGCUCAAAUCGCUCAAAGUUGGAGCUCAGUGGCGUUGUCUGUUUUUAACUGGAUGUGGUUUUGGUGAAAUUUGGCCCAAAAUUGGCUUGGAAAGAGUCAAAAUUGAAUUGGGCUGGGUUGGGCCAAAACCAACUUCAAAUUGUCCCAGAAUUGGCUUAAAUUGGAUCAAAAUCACUCAAAGUUUGAGUUUGAUGGCCUUGUCUGUUCAUAACUGGACGUGUUUUGGCCCAAAUUGGCUCAAUUUGGCCCAAAAUUGGCUUGGAAUGAGUCAAAGUCGAAUUGGGUUGGGUUGGGCCAAAACCGUCCUGAAAUCGGCCCAAAAUCGGCUGAAAUUGGCUCAAAGUCGCCCAGAGCUGGCGCUGAUGACGUCACCAAAGCCAAGCUGGAAUCGCCCACGUUUAAUCAGGUAAACGCUGACCCAAAACCUCCCCAAACUGACCCAAAAUAGUGUUGAUGACGUCACCGAGGCCACGGUCGCGGCGCCCGCCUUGAACCGAACCCAAAACCGCCCGGAAAUGACCCAAAACCCCCUGGAACCGUCGCGGUUCGGGCGUUGAUGACGUCAUCGGGACCAAGAUGGCGCCCCGCCCUCGGUUUUGCCCAAGUUCCCCCAAAAUGGCCCAAAUUUGGGGCUCUCAGGUGCUCGGACCCAAAACUGCCCCAAACCGCCCCGAAAUGG